GGUACUCCCUGGCUGCCCCUGGAUAUGAUGCUCGACCAUCUAGAUGGAGGCUGCUGUGGUGGCAUCGCUGGCUUCUGAUCAAUCAGCUUCCUCCAGGAAGUCCUUUUGUGUUGAAAGAGACCACAAACAAUGUGGAGGGCAUGCAGCAUAGCAGGAAACAGCACUGUGGGACCAUUGAGGCUGAGCUGGAUCCAGUGGAGUACACCCUUCAGAAGUGGUUGCCCCACCACCUGCCCCAGAGGCCCAAUGACAUUUAUGUUAACAUGAAGACUGACUUUAAGGGCCAACUGGCCCGCUGCCAGAAGCUGCUGGACAGGGGAUCAUGGGGUCAGAAUGCAUGCAUUGGGAGCCACAUUCAUGGCUUGGGCCUGGCCAUCAACCAUGCAAUCUGCAUUGCCCCACAGCUUCAGGUGGGCAGCUUCGGGUCCUCGCAGGUGGCUGCCCAUACCUCCACAGUGAAGCUUGUUGAUGAGCUGGAACCAGAGACUAGUACACAAGAGCCACUGACCCACAUCAGAAACAACUCGGCCACCCACACCCCAGUCUUCAGGGUUACACUCGAGUAAUAAAAUGAGUCUGGCUCACCUCCUCCAUCUACCUACCCUCAGCUAGGCUCAGGUAUGACUCUCCUUGUACUGAGUACUGCCAUGGACCUCCUACUAGAGCCAUAUAAGGAAAAGCUUGCUGAUUCAUAGCCCAAAGGACUCUGAAUUGACAGGGGGAGAGUGUCUCUUGUUGGGCCCAAGCAAUGGGCCUACCUGAAUGUUUGUGGUCUGUAACCAGCCAUUGUC